GCUUAAAUUAAUCCAAUUACUUUUCCAUUUUCACAAUCUGAUCCCUAUUUGAUUCGAGACUCUCGAAAGCUGAGUUGCGAUGGCUGUUAAGAAGAUACUAACGUCUCCAUUUGUUGGAAUCACAGCUUUGGUGGCGUUAAUUGCUCUAAUUACAAGAUUUUCCUCCAUCAAAUUCAAACCCCAGCAGAGAUUGUUCAGUGUAGAAGAAUUGGCUUUGUACAACGGAACUGAUGACUCGAGACCGAUUCUCUUAGGCAUUCUUGGAUCGGUGUUCGAUGUAACGAAAGGGAAAUCUCAUUAUGGUGUGGGAGGAGGUUACCAUCAUUUUGCUGGAAGAGAUGCUUCCCGUGCAUUUGUUUCAGGAAACUUUACAGGAGAUGGACUCACUGAUUCACUGAAUGGUCUAUCCAGCACAGAGGUAAAGAGCAUUGUUGAUUGGCGGGACUUUUACUUCAGAAGCUACACAUUUUCUGGCAAGCUGGUAGGUCGUUACUAUGAUAGUCAAGGAAAUCCCACAAAAUAUUUGAAAGGAGCUGAAGCUAAGGCUAAGAGAGGUGCUCAACUUUUGGAGAAACAGAAGGCUGAAGAAGCCAAACAACCAGGUUGCAAUUCAAGAUGGAGUCAGGACGAGGGUGGAGAGGUCUGGUGUGAAAGCGGCGUCCCGAGGUUAGUUCAGAGACCUAUAGAAAUUGCUUUGACGGGAAAGAUGAGUAAGCGAUGCGCUUGUUUUGAAGUAGAUCAGCUGGAUCAGCCAGGACUGGAAGUCUACGAAGGAUGUGAUUAUCUUGCCAAGACGUGCCGAGUUUAAAUUAAGACACAGGUAGGAUUCUUGUACUCUAGAUCUUAACUUUCCCAGAUGAUUAUAUACAUAUAUCAGAAAAUUGGGAGAGAGGAAAUUGACAGAAGUGAUAAAAUAUUUAUCUUCCAUGUUCAUCGAUAGUUUUGUAUUUAGAGUAAUGCUACAGUCACCGAAGUAGUACACCGAAUUCAUGUAUUGAAUGACGUGACAAAAUCCUGACCGUUAAUUAAUAUUAAGUUAAAAUUAAUCAACAGUCAAGAUUUUGCCUUGUCAUUCGGUGCAUGAAUUCGAUAUACUAUCGUCGGUGACUGUAUUAUUUUCCUUGUAUUUAAACAUGUAUAAUUUUCUAUUCGAAAGUAGAGAUGAUUUUUUUUUUCC